AUGGCUCGUAUCAAAUAUACUGGACCACUAUCAACGGUUCAGUUACAACGAACCCCAGUUCAAAAGCAGACGCAAGCCGAAUUUCAAGAGGUAUCCCGGUUGAAGUUGCAAGAGUGUCUUGCUGUGAGGCAGCAGCAAAGCAUGGAGAUGGUACAGAUCAUGUUACAUGUAUCUGUAAGUUCCUUGUUUACCCUUUCCCUCCAUGUCUAUGAGAUUCUGACUUCGAGUCUCCUCUCCUUAGUUCGGAACGUUGUUUUAUCUUCGGUUUGCAAGCCCUCUAUCACAAUCCGCGGUGAUCGUUCGAGUCUGAUGGCUAUCAACAGGGAGUUCUUGCCGCUCGGAAGUUUCGAUGAUCGUGAUCUGAAGCAAACACAACGAGAACAAAAAUAUUCGUACGAGGAAUUCAUCAAUGGAAGAACGCGCACAGAGAGCCCCGAGAUUCAGGACCUUGGUGUCGGUAAAGGAAAAAGGGGCCAGCCUCUGAAAAUUAUCCUUCGCAACUCAGAUCCCAAGGCAGACAUGGUACUUGAUCUGUUGGAACACGGAGUCUUUGACGCGCUCAGCAAGAACUACCUCGAAGCCAUCCAAUUGACUGUCCUUGUCGACAAGGACGAGCCACAAAAUGUGUUGGAGACAUACACAUUCUCGUUUAAAUAUACAGGGGCACGUGGUGAUGUGAAUAGCCGCUUGGAAAGCCUAUCCCUGGAUCCUGUGGGUUGCGUUGCCGAUAUGAAGUCUGCGCAGACAGCGCGAACUGGAUUGGAAAUGAUAGUCAGACGCCUUAUUACGUUGAGUACUUUUCUUCCAGCCCUGCCAAACAAGCGCAAUCUAGGAAUCCACUUGUUCUAUACCGAAGACUGCCCGCCUGAGUACGAGCCCCCCGGAUUCGCCAAAUCGACAAACGAUACUUUCAAGUACCCCUUCAAUGAGAACUGGCAGAGGGAAACCCAGUCCUGUGGUACAAUGGAUAGCGGGUGUCAUACCGUUGGUCUUAACGUGACCUCGCUCAAGUGGACUGGACCGGACCCCGAAGGCUCGGAAGCUCUACCUAAAAUCCCUUCUCAAAUCGAGUACAAUGAUAAAGUACAGCGAGCAGCUGAAAUUGGGCUUACGAGCGAAGAAAUUCCCAACCCCAUGUUGAGUCGAGAUGGUACAGUCGCAGAAACGCCAACUCCUCAAUCAUCAAUGUUAACCUGGACUUUGAUAGGUAGUUUUCUGGAAGCGACUCAAGAGACUGCAGAAAGACGAAAGCUGCAGAUGAUGAUCCCUGCAUCAUCUUAUCCAGACAGCGAUCUCGUUCCCACACAACCAAUCUAUACAGUCUCUGCGACCGAUACUGGAGGAGUAAAUAUGGACCACAAUAUGCGCCUUUUACAAAAGAAGGCACUUCAAAUCGAAGACUUCUCACGCAUGCAGAUUUCGAGGCUUGCGAGAGAAACAGAGGACCUGGCCAAUGGGUUGAUCAAAUGCCAAUGUGGCUGGGAUGGAGAGGAGCCCGAAAUGUGUCUCCUCGAACCAGACGAAACCCAGUUGCUGCAUGAAAUGCAUACCCUCGUUCUCCUGAGGCGAGCGUUGAAGAUCAUCCUGGAUGAGGGAUUUCCCAGCAAGACAUCCAUUUUCACCCAAAAGCUUCACUGCAAUGGACAGACAGUCGUUCAGAUCACCGAUCUCCUACGUAAGCAUAAGUUUCUCCAACCGACUCCUGGUUCCAAGAGCAAAGGAUUCCUGCAGAAAGGACUGCCCAAGUUCGUCGUGCCUAGCGCCGAGGAUACCCGGAAGAGGAUGCAACACGAGAUUCUGCACCCGUUUGCGAAGAUCUACCAUCAUUAUGUUUCACAGGAUACGGGUUCCAUUCCCGGCGCAAAACUUAUCACAGAUGAUCAGCAAAUGUCUCAAGGACCAGCAUCUUCGAUGGAUGAUGGUCGUGCAUAUGGCCAGGGACCACAAUCCUCGAACGCCGAGGGUAACAGGAGCCCAGGCCACAAAAGAAGACACACCCAGAUGGAGAGCAAUGGCCAAAUGGAGCGUCAGGAUGUCCUUCGACCGACUACCAGUCUCGGAAACCGAAGCGACAAAUUUGGAAGGGGCAUGAUGACCAGUGACCGGAUUCGUCCCCAACCUGAAACACCCACUAGUCGACACCAAUCGGAUAAGAACCAUCUGCGACGUAGCAGCCGAAAGAGGCGCAAGAUUAGCAAUUACACCCAAUUGAUUGAUGUUGGAGCGGCUAGCAGUGGUGAUGAAAGCAGUUGA